AUGAUGAGACUGUGGCUACUGCUGAUGUAUUGUAUUCAUACAUCCAAGGACGUCGAUGGUGCUACUACUACUGUAGAAGACCAUCACUAUUAUCGUCCUUCAGGCACUGACGUGUCUGGAUAUCCUCCACCCAACUUCGCUGCCAAUCAUCGUAGUCCAUGCCCGGCCCUGAAUUCGUUGGCAAAUCACGGUUAUCUGCCUCGAGACGGCAAGUCAUUGACUCCAGAGCUAAUACAAAACGCUGUCAUGGAAGUUUUCAAUAUCGAUAAAGCAUUGGUCAAAGAGUUUACGAGUCAAUUGCCACAGCACCUGACGCUCGCACACCUGAGUAUCCACGGCUUGAUUGAGCACGACGCGUCGCUGGUACAUGAUGAUUCAUACUUGAAGAACAACCCUGCGCAGAUCAAUGCCACGUUGGUGACUCAGUUCUUUGAUCAUUGUAAAGAUCACCAGUUUGACAAACGGUCCUUGGCAGCAGUGAGACGACAGAGAGAAGCACAAUGCAAGAAAGAAAAUCCAGAGUACGCGUUUUCGAUCAAAGAGCAAGUUUCGGCGUAUGGUGAAUCGGCGCUGGUGCUUCUAGCAAUGGGAAAUUAUGAGUCAAAGAUUAUUUCAGCAAAGCAUGCCACGUCCUUUUUAGUGGACGAGAAGAUUCCGGAUGAUUUCCAGCGGAGUAACAAGCCGAUCAGCAUGACAACAACACUUUACCUGGCUGCACAGAUUAAACUGAUAGCGUCAUUGGGUGGUUGA